AUGGUGUCAACAAGAUCAUCCAUGAGGCGACACAGCGCGUCUGCUCCAGCCCGAGCGUCAACAUCAAAGUCGAAUGAUGCCCAAUCGCUUACACAUCAGCCGGGAAGGACUCGACAGGGUAAGCGCAGGCAAUCGUCAUCGGACCAACACGAUAUCACCAAACGAGACGGAACUUCCGAUGCUCAUCCCAGUCGUCACUCAACUCACAGCAUCGGCAGCGGCAGAGCCGACCUGACUUGGCAGCAGCGCGAGCUACUGCAUCAGCAGAGAUCGAAAUCGAGGUCAAGACAGAACAGCAAGGCAGCAUUAUCCUCAUCAAAUCUACCUACUCUACGCGUCACCAGCGAUUGUCAAAUCGUCCUAGCUGCCGAGUCGGAAGCCCCGGAAAUGUCUCACGAGAGGAAUCGAGUGCCGCUCAACCAACGCUCGCUGCAACGUCCUCGAUCGGAUCAGCCUGAUCCGUCAAAGGCCAAAAGACAUCGAACCUCCGGUCGUCUGAAUACCUUGCGAUCCACAUCGGCCACCCCGGAAGCGUACGCUGAACCAAGCUGCUUCCGAGCACCUGUUCCUCAAGCUCUUCCGAUGCCAUUUUUUUCCAAGUCGACCAAGAGUGUCGCUGUAGCAUGA